UGAAUUAUAAGUUAAAACGUUUCACAAUUUCUUUCUAACUUCUGAGACUUCUUAGAAACUUUAAUAAGAGUAGAUUGAGUGAAACGAAAUUAAUAUUAGAGUUCAUGAACUCAAAUGAAUUCGUUGGAACAACUAAGUGGGCAAAGGAAAUGAAAAAGUGACAAUCACAAUUAUAAGAGCUUUCGUUUUAUAAAGACUCGUGCCUGAGUCUCAUUUUUUUUAAAACCUCCAACGAAAGCUGCAAAUAAUGACGUAAAUCGAAAACAAUUGCGAAAUCAAAACAGCAAUAAUAAUAAAUGCAAGCGGUUUAAACAGAGUCGUUAAAGUUACUCGAAUCGUUCAGGUAUAAGAAAUCGUCUGCGGAUGUUUAAAUAUAAUGUGUUUGUUGGAAUUUAAAGCUGGUGUGGAACUAUUUUAUUAAAAACAACUACCGAUGAACUAUUUUUAUACUUUAAUUGCGCUUCACGCUUCAUAAUUUCGUUCGAUAGCUUUUCUCUGCAUUCCACAUUGAUUUUUUUAUGUUUCGUCAUUAUGGCGAAAACAAAAAGAUAAGAUCCUCAAAAACGUAUUUUAAAACAAAUGACGAAAUAUUCAGCUCCGGUUUUUUGCGUUGUGUUGAAAAUGUGAUAAUCGUCGUGCUCUUUUUAAGAUAUCGUUCACUUUAAAAUGUUUCGUCAAAAUGCUCACCAAAGCUAGUAAAAUUUAUACAAAAGAAUUGAAGAUUGCGGUUGUGAAUUGAAGAUUUCCAAAAACUAUUUGAUUCAGUUUCAUAAAAAUCAUAUCAGUCAAUUAUUAUGACUGACACAGCGGCUGAUAUUAUGCCACCUUCACCAAGAACGAAUAGAUAUAACAUUUGUGAAAAUGUUCUUAAUGACUCAAAAUUGGACCUUGCGAUAAAGGAUGAGUCAUUGCCAAAUUCAUCAAAUCGCUCAAGAACCCUUCGACGAUAUGUGUUCAUAGUGAUGGGUUUCUUGGGCUUCUUCAACCUGUAUGCCAUGAGGGUGAAUUUAAGUGUCGCUUUGGUUGCCAUGGUGAAGGAUCCUUUAGUCUCUGAUGACAUCGCAUCUGCUCAAAGCUCUGUAGCGUGCUUAGAUCUUAUUAAAGACAUUAAAUCUCACAAUAGCACAGUUCAUUUCAUUUCACCUGCGUCAAGGGGAGGUUUCGACUGGGACUCUCAAACGCAGCAUCUAGUUUUAGGAUCAUUUUACUAUGGUUAUUUCCUGACUCAAAUUCCUGGUGGCAUCAUGGCAGAAAAAUACAGCGCCAAAGCACUAUAUGGAAUGGGAAUACUCGUCACAGCCAUAUUCACCUUACUCACACCAUUAGCUGCUAAUUGGAGCGUCUGGGCUUUGGUUGCGGCCAGGACUAUCGAAGGCCUUGGCGAGGGUGUGACGUAUCCAGCUAUGAAUGUCCUAGUAGGUCGAUGGGCAGGUGAAAUGGAACGCACUAGUACUCUAACCAUGAUUUCUAUAGGCACCACUAUAGGAACAGUCGUCUCUCUUAUUGUAUCAGGACAGCUGUGUGAUAGCACAUUUCUUGGUGGUUGGCCAUCUGCAUUCUAUGUAUUUGGUAUACUGGGAGUCGUGACUUUCAUUCUGUGGACAGUUCUGGUAUCUGAGUCGCCAGAAAUGGGUCCUCGAAUUUUAAAAACAGAGUUAACUGGGUUGCAAACUAAUCAGAAAGAAUCAGGAAUAAAAAGAGCUCCAAUUCCUUGGAAAGCCAUCAUGACAUCUUCUCCAAUGUGGGGACUGAUUCUGACUCACUUUGGCAUGAAUUGGGGUUUUUACACUUUACUGAAUGAAACCCCACUCUAUCUAUCCAAUAUCUUGCAUUUUGAUAUAAAAGAAAAUGGUGUGUUAUCAGCUCUUCCCAACUUAAUUCAAUUGAUCGUAGCUCUCGCUGUUAGUUUUAUUGUUGAUAAACUUCGUUCUACAGGACGUAUGCAGAUUACUUUCCUGCGCAAAAUUGUCAAUUCUAUCGGUUCGUAUGCACCUGCGAUAUGCAUGAUAGCUAUCGCUUUCAGUGGAUGCCAUCCAAUCAUAAUAGUCAUCUUAUUUUCAAUAGCAAUGGGUUCCUAUGGUUGCAUUUACUCUGGGUUCAAUGCUACCCACAUAGACAUGAGUCCAGAAUUCGCUGGUACAUUGAUGGGCAUCACAAACUGUAUAGCAAAUCUUCCUGGAUUCUUAGCCCCAGCUUUUGUAGGGUUCAUCAUACAUUCGGGGAAUACUUUACAAAAUUGGGGUAUUGUUUAUGUGACUACAGCAGUUAUUUUAAUAAUAUCUGGUACAAUAUACAAUAUCCUUUGCAAAGCAGAUUUGCAGCCAUGGAGUCCCAGUUACGAGCCACAGAUGAAUACUGAAGUGAUGAAAGACACAGAUGAAAAAGAGUUAUCGUCAACUUAGCUUUUCCCUCUGUUAAUUUUAGCAAUGAAUUAUUUCAUUGGAAAUGUCAUCUUAUUUCUGACAAAUAAUAUAUUCGCAAAUGAUUUGCGUUGCCAUAGAAAAAUCAAAUAUUAUAUAUUUGGUUUUUCAUAACUUUUCUAUAGUUUAAAAUUCAGCUAUUUAUCUUGUAUUACUAAUUCAGUAGUUUCUUUCAUUGUUCAAAAAUUGCAUAAAAUUAAGAAAUUUUAAAA